AUGCCGAAAUUUGAAGACUACUUUGAAUAUGCAAACAAAAAGGAUUAUUGCCUUUACGAUUUCUGGCUAUAUGCUGGCCUCAAAGGCAUGAUUAAUUUUAAUAAUAACAAAGAAACUAUGAUCAGAAAAAUAAGUUUUGUAUAUUAUAAUAAAUAUCCAAAACAUAAAGAAAACAUAUUUGGAACUUAUUCUAAUGAAGGAUACAAUUGGGAACUUUUAUAUGGUGAAAUUUCAAAUGGUCCUUUUGUGGAUACUGUGCAAGGGAAAGCUCAUAAAAAAUUUGAUAGAAUAAAAUUAGGAAAAUUUGCAAAAGAUUCAUGGGAUAAUGCUUACAGAUAUUAUGUUGCUAAGCAUGAAAAUCUUAAUUCAGAAUUUCAAAAAUUAAGCAUUUUUCUUCUUCAGGCAUUUUUUUAG